CUGCAGUGUUGUCUACAGUGUAUCCAGUGACAUCAACACUGGGGUAACUGACACCUGUCACCGAACGAAACAAGCACGAGCUGUUUCAGUGCUGAAUAAAAUAUAUCAGUAUAUAAAUACCAGUUGUGUUUGAACACAGAGCUGGAUGCAUAAUAUACAGUAACACAGGAAGACAGAAAAAAAAUAUAUUUUGUUGUUGCAUAUGCUUUCAAAUUACUUGCCCUUUUUUCCCACCGUGUCUCUUCCUGCUCUCAGAUGGAUGUAGACAAGGUGGUGUGCUUGUCGAGGUUGUCUAGAGUUGCUGUGUGUGGCGGCACCCAUGGCAAUGAACUGUCUGGGGUGUACUUGGUGAGAGAGCUGCUGAAGGCGAAGAAGAAAGUGGUUGAGAAGGGGAAGGAAGAGGAGGAGAAGAAGCCUAUGUCAGUGCUGAUGGUGCUGUCGAACCCAACGGCCACGCUGCAGUGCCGCAGAUACAUCAACACUGACCUGAACCGCUGCUUCACCCACGCCACCCUCACUGGGCCCAUAUCAGACACGACCCCCUACGAGAUAACCAGAGCCCGACAACUGAAUGCCAUGCUGGGUCCCAAAGGGAGUCCUGAGGCGGUGGAUCUUGUGUGUGACCUCCACAACACAACAGCCAACAUGGGCCUGUGCCUCAUUGCUUACUCUGACCAUGACUGGAUCUGCAUGCACAUAUUCAGAUACCUGCAGAGGCAGAUGCCAGAUAUACCAAUGAGGUACAUCCAUUUUGAUGUUUCCAAAAAAGAAUCAUAUUCUCUUGAUUCAGUGGGAAAACAUGGCUUUGCCAUGGAGAUCGGCCCCCAACCACACGGUGUAGUGAGGUCAAACAUCUAUACUGCAAUGAAAUGUGGGGUGCAGCACAUGCUUGACUGGGUCCAUUUCUUCAACUCAGGUACCAUUUUUGAAGAAGGAUCCGUGGACGUGUUCACCAUGAUUAACCACAUCGACUACCCAAGAGACAGGGAGACUCGCAACAUCACAGCAGCCAUUCAUCCUCAACUCCAGGACCGAGACUUUUGCCUCCUCCACCCUGAAGACCCCCUGUUUCAGACUUUCUCAGGUGAAACGCUGAGGUACAAAGGCACCGAACCUCUUUAUCCUUUCUUCAUCAAUGAGUGUGCUUAUUACGAGAAGAGCAUCGCUCUUUCCCUGGCGAGGAAAAGGCGUGUGAUGAUACCUGCAAUCCGGGUGCAGACGGAGCAGGAGCAACAGGCUAAUGAACAGGAAUGUGCAUCAGAGGAAGAUGAGUGAUGACGGACUUUUAAAAGACCUGGGAGACUGUGUAAUUAACUUAACAACAAUGUUAUUUUUAUUGAAAUGACAGCAGGUGUUUGCAAUGUGUAUGCUUACAUACACUCACACAAUAUUGAAGUGUAGCCUACAGUUAUUGACCAUUUCAGCUCACAAGUGCAGAAUGAACAACACAUUCAUCGAAGGGUCACAAAAGCACAGUCAUACAUCUGUUAUAUUCACACUACAGUGUAUUAAGGGACAGAAUAACUUUUUUCUGAAGUAAAGGGCUGAAUAGGCAAAAUACAAUCUGCUUUAUCAUGAGACCUAUCACACAGUGCAUCAUUUGUACAACCGGUAGUAAUUGAUAUUUUCCUGGACACACACAGCAUGGGUUUUUGGGGUAAUAAUGGUAUUUUUUUUUUUUUUUACAUUUUUUUAUUUUUGGGAAAUUUACAUAAUCAAAAAUAGAAAUUCACUAUUGAUCACUACAACAAUAUUCAGGAUAUGUUCAACAAUAAUUUAAGUGCAAAGGAAUAUUGUAGCUUACCGCAAUAUGGCCUUUAAAUUACAUUCAUAAUGCCUAAAAGGGAAACACUCUUCCUCUAGAAAUCCUGUUGAACUGAAAUGGUGGUAACAAAUGA